UUUUUUUUUUCUUCUCCCUUUCCUUUCCUUUAUUUUAUCAUGGCUGGUCCUGACGUCAAAGCUGCUACAGUAGAUCCUAAAGCUGUAUCCUCUUCAGAUGCUUCUAAUGAUAUUAGUCCUAGUUCUUCAAAAGACAUUACUCCUUCAUCAGCAUCUAGCGAUCCCAAAACAACUCCAACUGAUCCGAAAACAACUAGUCAAGACUCAACUCCUAAACCAACUCCAGACCCGACUAGCUCUGAUAAACCUUCUGUUAUUUCAUCUUCUAUAGAUUCUGUUAUUUCUUCCAUUCAUUCUAGUCAACCUAUUACUUCUUCUUCUUCUACUCACUCUGUCAUCACUACUUCCAGUACAGUUUCGUCUAUGACUUCCUCACUAUCUUCAACUAGUACCAAUAUGACAUCAUCAAGUAUUUCACCCACAUCCACCUCAUCCAACAACAACAAGAACAAUGACAAUACAGCUCUUAUUGGUGGCAUCGUAGGAGGUAUUGUUGGCGCAAUUGCUCUGAUUGGUGUUAUUUUUAUGUUAGUGAAACGACAACGACGUAGAGCUAGAAGAAAAAACAACAAUAUGGAUGAUAUUUUCAAUUCUGAUAAUAAGCGUGGAUUUGCUCCUAUGGAUGAUUACAACACGGAUCAUAGUACUCGCGAUUUACCACAACAACAACAACAACAGGAACCUCCUAUCUCACCUUUUCAACAACCUAUCAUGUCGCCUAUACAACAAUCAGCUUAUGGUGCUCGUUCUGUCCCUAUGCAGCCUUAUGCACCUCAAUUAAAUGAUAUGACUUUCCAUGAUGUUACCUCUCCAGUUAUGAAUUACAGUGAUAUUGGUAUGACAACUGUAGCAACCGAUCCAUAUCAUCACCAUGACAAAUAUCAAAUACCAGUAGAUCAUGAUCAUCAAUAUAAUACGUAUGGAGGGGAUCAACAAGGUCAAUAUUAUUCAAAUGAUGCUUAUUACAACAAUCAUCAAGCUGGUGAAGUCUAUUAUGAUCAACAUGGACAACCAUAUCAUUAUGAUCAACAACAGCAACAACAACAACAACAACAAUAUGAUCAACAGUAUGGUCAACAAUAUGAUCAACAUUACGAUCAACAUUACGAUCAACAUUACGAUCAACAUUAUGAUCAACAACAGCAAACUUAUUAUCAGGACCAAUUACCCGUUACAUCUGACACUCAAUCUCAAAGUCCUCAUACACAUUCACCUACACCAACCGCUGUUCAAUCAUCUUCACCUCCCAUGACAACAAAUGGUCAAUCUCAUUGAAUAAAUAAAUAAUAGCUUAGAUACAAAUAUCCUUUUUUGUUUUAUAGAUAUAUAUGUAUUUUAGCAUAUCUCAAUAUACACACACACAUACACACUUACAUAUUUAUACUAUAGUUUUUAUUUCCCUUUUUAUUUUAUUUUAUUGUAUACUUUAUUGAAUAAAGAAACCAUAUAUGAAUAAAUAAG